UUCCCAACGAAACCUCCGAAUAUCUCGGGCGUCUCGCAACGGUCGGCCAGGCAGAGUCACCGCCCUACUGGGAAUCCGCGCCAAGCUACUCCUCAGCGUCCUAUCGCGCAAAGCGGGCGAGUACGCUCCAAGAGGCGCCCCGUGCACACGCAUCAGAAAAGGCGGCAUACGCCCCAGCUGAAGGGACUGACGCGCCAUCUUCACGGAGGGGACAGGACAUGGCUGCUGAUGACGCGGGCGAAAGAGAGGGAUAUGUGAGGUCGGAAAUAGCAGAGAGCGUGCACCCCGGUAGCAGUCUUGCGGCAAUGACUGCUCCACCGAUGUACGAGAGUGAGGCUGGGGCCGCACCGAUGUACGAGAGUGAGGUUGGGGCUGUACUGAUGUACGAGAAUGAAUAGGUAUCCCCGCACCUCCUAACUGCGUCGUCUCUUGAAGAACAG